UGUUCAUCGCAACUCUUUUGUGUCUUGUACCGACACUUCAAAGCCAGGACUUCUCGAGCUAUUUCUCGACGAUGCUCGAGAUCAUCGUUCCUGUAGCGAAACAAGUACAUUAUGCAUUUAUAAAUUAUGACAAAUACAGAAAGAUCGUAAGGAUACGCAGAACAGAUGCAGUAGACGCACAAGGAAAUCCGGAAGUGUCGCAUAGUGUGUAUGAUUUCAAAAACAAGGUUGUCUACAGGAUAUAUCUGGGUGAAUCUGAGCUAGAUUGCCUUCCAGAUACCUUCACACCUAAUGGUAUGGAGAUUCCAAUAAUAGAAGGCCUUACGCUUGACCUAGAAAAACUAGUGGUCAUUGAUUCAUCAUUCACACAUAUGGGACAGGAGACCAUCCGCGAUGGUUUAGUCACAGUUGACAAAUUGGUUAAGCCAGGACCUUCCAACGAUCCUCUCACCUUCGGAAAAACCUGGUACAUUGCAUCUAGAAAUUGGACAGUGAGAAAGACACAUUAUGAAGGUACACCUUACCAAGAGCCCAUGAAACUGUCACUUAGUCUACAGAAUUCAGCAAUAGCAGAUGUCAAUGCAUUUGAUUUCGACUCAAACCGUCCACAUCUGAGAAACUUUGACGUUAGUGACUGCUACAAGGAAAGCGUUUCACAAUUCGUCAAUUUUGUGAUGUCAUUUAAAAGAGAUGCCCUGAUAGUGAGAGUUGCAGAUCCCUUUGUUUUCGAAUGGAUCGAAGUAUCACUUUUCCAAAAGGAUUACUUCACAUUUGAGGUGAAAGCCUGGCUAGAGGUACGACUCCUACUAUCGGAAAUAUAUGGACGAUCUGAUAACAAAGUAUACGAGAUUGGUUUAGGUGUACGUGGUAACCAGGCAAGUUCGAUCAGCACAAUUGCUCUUGGUUCCAAGGGGGUUGAAGUACCCACUCAAAGUAUCCUCAAUGGAAACGAAUACAGGCAAUUUUGGAUCUCAUGGGCCAAUGGUAACGUGCAGGUAGGAAGAGGUAGCGUUCGUGGACAGAAUACGUUUAUGUCAUAUCAAGUGACACAACCUAUCAGACCAAUGGCACUUGCCCUCUUUUCUGUCAAUGGUAACCAGAUACCUGGCUUGUUUAAACUGGGUCUUCCAGGUGCCUUGGUUGUGGACACCCCUCCCAACUUCAAAUAUCAAUUUGUGGGUGUUGAUAUCUCAUGGGAGACAGGCUUUGUCUUUCAACUUGUAGCUAAGAUGGACGCUCAUAUCCUCCUUACCUCAAAAAUGAAUACAUACACGGGAAAAGUUUAUGAACUUAUAUUAGGUGGAAAUGAGAAUAAUGACUGUAUGAUUAAGGACCAGUUUGCAGCUGAGCAAUCUGUUGCAAGAGUACCUUGUCCCGGGGUCCUGAACGAAAACGAAAGGCGAACAUUCUGGGUCAGCUGGAAGAAUGGCAAAAUUGAAUUUGGAAGAUCGAAUAUAAUAGGUUUUGAUCCCCUUGUGGCGUAUCAAGACGCUGCCCCAUUGCGAGUGAGGCACCUUGCUCUUGCUACUGAAACCGGUAUUAGUGGACAUUGGGUAUUCUACACUCUUUCUCCCGACAUCAGCAAAUUUAUUAUGGAUGAAGAUCAGGUUGACGUAGCAGUUGAGACCCUGACUAACAUGACGUCGACAUCCAUUGUUCGUUACUCCAAUAGUAAGAUUGAUUUCGAUGAUGACAAUGUCCAUCUGACAUCUUCCCUUCUACCAAUUCCAUUUCCACCCGAUCUUGCUGCUAAAGAUCCCACUGUAUUCAACACUGCAGAUGAUGACUUUGGCCGCCUUCAGAAUCUUGUAUACAGUGGAUUAAUAAAUAUUAAGUUCAAAUAUGGCCUGAGGUUGUCAGCAUUUGAAGUGAGGAAAGGGAUCCUGACUGAUCCAAACAACUAUCAAGAUACGUAUGUAAAACGCUUUUCCAAGGAUGCCAGUCGAGUAAUGUACAUCGAUAAAUUAAAGGUGUCAUAUGGUAUAACGAUUCAGAAAUGUGCCCUUAUGUGUUUAUCACAAGAUGUCCCAAGAUGUGAAUCGUUCGAUUACUGCCCCAAUAUGGGAGAAUGCCAGAUUAGUGAAAAACAUGUAGCUGACGGAGCAGAGGAGGGUUCAUUUAGAAAUCAUUCAUUUUGCGACCAUUAUUCAAGAUCAUAUAUUACGGAUAAGUUUGAAGUAGUACCAGGGCAAGUCAUGUCAGGAAACUAUGACGACAUCCAGAACGACGUAUCGGCAGAAGUUUGUGCAAAGAAAUGUAUAGAUACUACAACGUUUAUUUGUGAAUCAUUUGAUUAUUGUACAUCAACAAAAACUUGUCUUUUGAGCAAGGAUCAUAAAGACUCAUCGGGUGUUACCAUGGUUAACCGAACGGACUGCUCUCAUUAUACAAAGGCUUCCGUGGGCCAAUUUAAAACCUAUACAGGGAUGGUUAUGACGGACUACGAACAAUCUAUAAUGGUGAAUAUUUCAAGAGAGGCCUGUACGACUAUGUGUAUAGAGGAAUCUGGGUUUCCAUGUAAAAGCUUCAAUUACUGCCCCACAAGCAGAGGGCAGGGGUAUCCCACAUGUUCCUUAAACAAUAAAUUACGGUCAGAGGUUCCAGGUUCUAGUUUUCAACCAGACGCUGACUGCAAUUAUUAUGAAAGAACAGAUACGUCAUCACUUCCACCACAAAGAAACAAAUAUUCAUCAGGUCAGAUGGCGGGUCUAGGGAUCGGUUUAUUAGCGCUGGGAUUGGCGGUUGGAUGUGGACUUAUAGUACUACUAACAGUUUUCCUGAAACAGCGAGUGGCUUAGCAAUUUCCCCAAGAGAGUGGGCUCGAAACCUGGCAUUUUUUAAUCGUCCAGUUGACAUUUUUUAUCUCUCUUUAUAUGUCACACUCAUGUUGAUCCAUCAAGACAUUUUUUGGCAAUAUGAGUCAUUAUAUACAAUGG